UUUCAAUGUUAGAAUCUAACUCUAAAUUUUAAAAACAAUGUCAAAUUUAUAAGUUUUAUGAAUAUCGACUCUUGAACACAAAAUUAAAGACGAGUAAUUCACCUACAUUUUAAAUCAAAAGAGAAAUCGUUUUAACAGUAAUGAUGGACUUUUAUUUUUUUAUACAAUGAACUCUUUCUUUCACUUAACCUUCUAAAAACAUGUUUAACGUAGUAUAGAAUACUAUCAAUUUUCUGUAAUGAAAUAAAAGAUGUCUAUUUUUUAGUGAAGGGUACUUCAAAUAAUAAUAAUAUUCCUAUACCGGCAUAUGGUACAACAAGAUAUACUGAAGCAAUUCACAUAAAAAAGAAUACAAAAAACUCUUUAAAAAAUUGUCUAUGUAGUACAUACAUUGAACCCUUGCUAUCACGUAUACAAUCAGAUAAGAAGAUAAAAAAAAUGGUAAAAUCUAAUCACUACAAAUAUUAAAAUUAUUUAUGUUAUUAAUAACUAUAUAAAUUGAUAUACUCAAGUUAAAAAAUGUUGAAAGUUAAAUAAAUUAUAAAUGUUUCCAUUAAAAUAAUAUAUAUAUAUAUAUUCUUUGAUGUUUUUUACAUAUAUGAAGAAAUAUAUAAAAGCAUCAGAGAAGAAAAAUAGUAUUUGUAAAGACACUGACACAACUAUUUCAUCGAUUUGUGAGAAACCAAGAGAGAAAGAUAGUGUAUGUACAGACACAAAAUCGAACAUAUCAUCAAUUUGUGACAAUAAAAUUAGCACAUCCAGUACUUGUGUAUGCAUGAAAGGAAUACAAAAAUAUAAGAUGCCUUACAAUGUUUGUUUAAAAGCUGAACAAGAAUUAUCAGAGACAUCUAGUCUAUCAUCUUCAAAUUUGAAACAAAUUUUUACUGAAGUCCAUUGUACUAGUCCAAAAUUGAUACAUUCAUAUGAAGAACAAAUGCAUUGUACACCAGAUCAGGAAGAAGUAGAUAUUUAUAAUUUUGAUCUAAUCGAAGCUCAUCCUAGAGAAGAACCUCAAAUAAGAACUAAAGAUUUAGCACCACCUGGACACAACAUAACUUUAAUUCUUCCAGAAUCUAAUAACAAACUUGAAACUAGCUUUGACUCCCUAAGUAUAUGCGAUGACAAGUCUGAAAAUAUAAAUGACUUAACAUAUACUCACAGCACAUUAGAACUUUUCUGGAAUGUACUGCACUAUGGAAUGAAUAAAAAAAUACCUGAAAAAUAUACUACAGACCUCUUUCAAGUUAAGACGGAAGAGUCAUCGUGUUCAUGUCCAAAUAUAUUGUAUAAUAGCAAAGAUUACAAAAAUGUAUUCCCAGAUAUAAAUACUUGUACUAUGUGUUGUUCACAUGAAGUAUCACGAAAUAAGGUAAAAAUCAUAUACUCCUGCAUAUAUUUUAUAUAAACGCUUCAUAUAAAGAAUGGAUGGUUUCGACUCUGUUGCACCGGUUGGUAAUCAUCUAACAAUUGGUUAUACGUCAUCGUUUUGAAUUAACCGCUAUAGCAGUACAAUAAUUUCCGUAAAAUAAAAUAUUUUAUCAAUUUCUUUAAAUGUAAAGAAAUGCUGUUUUAAAACCCAAUUUAAUAAAAUAUAUAUGUACAAUCCGUAUUUAUAUAUAUGUAUUUAUGCGCCAUGAAUUGGGUUCUUGAAAACAUUUACGAAGACGCUCAUUUUCAUUGUGGCCAUGUGGCUUUGGUCAACACCACAGCACGUUGUGAAUUAAACGUGAUCUCGUGUUUAGCUCCUCCGUGAAGCGAUUUUUAAGAAUAAUCGCCGAGAGGUUGCUUAUUCUUGACGGAAAAUACUUUGUUUUUACAGAAGAGUCUCAAGUAUAACUCGUAAAAAAU